AUGUCUGCCUCGCCGCCCCAGCCAACCUCGACGAAGCGUCCUCUGGAGGAGGCUUCCUCGCCGUCCCGUGCCACGGACCAACCCGACGCGAAGCGCCCAGCACUGGAUAAGGUCAUCAAGAAUGAUGAAGAGAGGGAAGCUAGCGAAUCCACAAUUGACGUCGCCGACAAGAACGGAGACGAAGAUGGCAGCAAGUCAGAUCAGCCAGAUGUUCCUGUAACAGACGGAGGCAGCGAUACGAAGGCCGCUGGUGCAUCCAAUGUCACGGCAUCGAGCGACGCUGCGGCAAACUCUGCUGCUGCUCACGACGAGACAUCUUGGAUUCACAUUCGAGCUGUCAUCUCGAGUCCGGAAGCCGCCACAAUCAUUGGUAAAGGUGGCGAGAACGUUUCUAACAUUAGGAAAAUGUCGAAUGCCAAAUGCACCGUCAGCGACUACCAGAAGGGUGCUGUUGAGCGAAUCCUGACAGUCAGCGGAAUAGCAUUUGGCUUAAUUAUUCGCACGCUGAACAACGAGCCGCUUGGUGAAGCCUCUACCGCUUCUUCCAAGACAUAUCCCCUACGUCUCCUGAUCCCCCACAUUCUCAUUGGCUCUAUCAUUGGUAAGGGUGGUGCUAGAAUUCGUGAGAUCCAGGAAGCUUCCGGUGCCCGGCUCAAUGCCUCUGACUCCUGCCUACCCAUGUCGAGCGAGCGAUCCCUUGUUGUAAUGGGCGUUGCGGAUGCUGUCCACAUCGCCACAUACUAUGUUGGGAGCACGCUGCUAGAGCAGCUUAACGAACGCUUCGGUGGUCCAGCCGCUUCGGCAUAUGCCACACGCAGCGGUGCCCCGGCAGGCUCUAUCCCCGGUGGCAUGCAAGUUGUCCCUUACUCGCCUCAGCCGGCUUCCGGUCACUAUGGACGACCAGAGAACUACGGCCGCCACCAGGAUCGACGGGCUCACCACAUGCCUCCGGCUACCUACCCUCCACACUACCCGCAUAACGCUGCUCCUCCCAAUCCCGCUAUGCCUAUGCAGUAUGGAGGUCAACAAGCAGCCUAUGGAGGUGCCCCCCAUGCCACGCAGCAUAUGCCUCCUCAUGUUGGUCCCCAGCCUCAUGGCGGCCCUCAGGGCCCACCCAUGCAGCAUGGCAUGCCCGGUGGCCCUCUUACGCAGCAAAUUUUCAUUCCCAAUGACAUGGUCGGCGCUAUUAUUGGCAAGGGUGGCCAGAAGAUUAAUGAAAUUCGGCAAAUCAGUGGUAGUGUGAUCAAAAUCAAUGAGCCUCAAGACAACAGCAACGAGCGACUGGUCACCAUCACGGGUACGGAGGAGUGCAAUCGUAUGGCAUUGUAUAUGCUCUACUCGAGACUCGAAUCGGAGAAGCAUCGAGUUUGA